AUGGCGAUAGAAAUGCCAUCAACAUCGACAAGCCGCUCUGAAAUUUCGCGCCUGGGUAGCGUAGAGGCCCUGAGACUAAAAGUUGGCCCGGUGCGCCGCAAUCUCUUCGGCCCCGUGGACCACCGGCAGCUCCGCGAGGACUUCCAACGGCUCCUGAGCAUGAGCGUCGACGCGGCCAACAAGCGGUGGAACUACGACUUCCGCCGGGACGUGCCGGGAACUGGUGGCGACGUCCAAUGGGAGGAAGUCCCGAGAGAAGACGUGCCGGUGUUCUAUCACGGCAAGCCCGCCAGACGGAAUUCCGCCUCUUCGGGACAGGGGUCCCCAAUGUCCGACAGUUCUUCCGGAUCCGAGGCCGAGUACCUUGAAGUCACCACCAGGGGGUACUACCGGCUGCAACGGCCUGAAAAACGCAGACAAGCUUCCAUCACGGAUUUCUUCAAGGUGAAGAGACGGAGGCUUCUACAUUACAAGUCCUCAUCCCGGCAGUAG